CCCGCACGUGAAGGCAUGCUUUUAUUUUGAAGAAAGGAUGGAAGAUUAAGUUUACGGAAGAGAGCUCGCGUUUUAGUAAAUAAUUCACCUUCCUGGUUACAGCGUUUCUCUGUCAGGAGGAAAUUGAAGUAUACGUUCAGAAGUGGCAUACAGAGAGUGAGUUGGACAUCAGGCAUUCUCCCUAUGUCAGGCCGAAACGGGUCUGCAAGUGAUGCAGACUGCCGGAUCUCUGAGGACUGCCAUGUCCCAGAUGUUGAGCUGAUGGAGCUAGGACCUCUGCUGGAGGAGGGAGGGCAACAUACAGCUUCAGCAGGCGUACAUCCAGAGGGGGCUGGCAUGCUUGGAGAAGAUGAUGACGAUGAUGAAGUGGAAGAGGUCGUCACUUUACCCCUCCAAGCUCACCAUGCCAUGGAGAAGAUGGAGGAGUUUGUACACAAAGUUUGGGAGGGCCGUUGGAGGGUCAUCCCCUUUCAUGUUCUGCCAGAAUGGCUAAAGGACAAUGAUUACCUCUUACAUGGACAUCGGCCUCCUAUGCCGUCCUUCCGGGCUUGUUUUGGAAGCAUCUUUAGAAUUCACACUGAAACAGGAAACAUUUGGACUCAUCUUUUAGGGCUGAUCUUAUUCCUUUGUCUCGGCACACUAACCAUGCUGCGGCCCAACAUGUAUUUUAUGGCUCCUCUGCAAGAAAAAGUUGUGUUUGGGAUGUUCUUCCUUGGAGCUGUGCUCUGUCUCAGCUUCUCAUGGCUUUUUCAUACCGUUUACUGCCACUCUGAGAAAGUGUCUCGCACCUUCUCCAAGCUCGACUACUCGGGUAUCGCUCUACUGAUCAUGGGCUCCUUCGUGCCCUGGCUGUACUACUCAUUCUAUUGUUCCCCUCAGCCUCGACUUAUCUACCUCACCAUUGUAUGUGUUCUUGGCAUUGCUGCCAUCAUAGUGGCCCAGUGGGACCGAUUCUCUACACCUCGUCACAGGCCCACAAGAGCAGGUGUGUUCAUGGGCUUAGGACUAAGUGGCAUUGUCCCCACCAUGCACUUCACUAUUGAGGAGGGUUUUGUUAAGGCCACCACAGUAGGCCAGAUGGGUUGGUUCUACCUGAUGGGUGCCAUGUAUAUCACUGGUGCUGGUCUGUAUGCAGCCAGGAUCCCUGAACGCUACUUCCCUGGCAAGUGUGACAUCUGGUUCCAUUCUCAUCAGAUUUUUCAUGUUCUGGUGGUAGCAGCAGCGUUCAUCCAUUUCUACGGGGUUUCCAACCUGCAGGAGUUCCGUUACGGCCUAGAGGGGGGAUGCACAGAUGACUCUCUUCUCUGAGAGGCAAACUGACUUGCUUUUCUUUAUAACCCUACAAAUACACACGCACUUAAAAUGCUGCUGGAAUUCAUCAUGGUCACUUAUUGCUCCCUCUGUACUGAUUUAAUCAAAUCAUCUUUGGGUUUUUGAUGUUCUGUGUUUUGGCUCCAAUAAAGUAGCAUUAAUUGGCCAAUGAAGUAUCGAGGGAAUCUACAACAGGCACUACUUCUUGAAAUUAUAAAGCUUGAAGUCACUAAAAAAACAUUGUGUGCUUCUAUAACCAAUGAUCCCUUCCAAGAUGUAAGUUCUCCAUCGUUUGUUACCAUUGCACAAAGGGUACAUAAAGUAUUAUUUGUGGUGGAGCAGAGUGUACCUACUGUAAUUUUUUUUUCUUGUUCACUUUUUUGUUUGUCGGUUGGCAGAUAAAUAUACUGACUUCCAGGACUAUUGUGUAAAACCAGGACCAUCUAGGAGGAUUAGGGACUACAUACACCCUUUUCUUUCAGGAGAAAACAAUAAUCACAAAGUGUGUAUUUAUGUUAACAGACUUUUUGUUGUUUUUGUUAUUGUUGUUUUUAAAUGUGCUGACAAUGAUUUUGUUGCUUUCUCUCAAAAGCCAGAGGGCCAUUUUAACCUGCAACUGCAACAGAGCAAAAGCCCAACCAAUCUUGUAAAAUCUCAAAGAACUAAGUGAUGAAGGUAAAACACCUCAACAGGUUUAAAAGUAACCUUUUCAUUACAAUUAUAACUAUGACCCAUUGGUAUGUCUGGAUUUUUAUUUAUUUAAAUUUAUUUAAUUCCCUCCCCACCGUGCCCCAUCUGUUUUGGUUCAGUGAUUUUUUUUUUUUUUUUUUUUUUUUUUUUUAAUAGCACAAAAAAUUAAAACAUUAUAGUAGCUGUGCAACAAAAAUAUUUUGUUUCACAUCAUCUUAGAAGACAUGCUUUUAAAUAUGUUGAAAUUUAAAUAAUUGUGCUGUCAAUGUUCAGUACAACAAUACCGUGAGUUAUUCCUGGAAUAGGAGUGGGCUAAACAAACAAACAGUGUACAGAUCUGGAGAUAAUCUUGUGUUUUGUGAACCUCUUUCUUUUCAUGCUAGAUUUCAGAUGCAAUGAGAGGUGUAAAUGUUAAAUGCACCUUAGUGUAUAUUAUUAAAUUUAAACAUUUAAAUCUCCAUAUGGGGUUUUAAAUGCUAUGUUUGCUAUAAACAUUUAGUAUUCCUGUGCCUUAGGCCAAUGGAAAUGUUUUUUAAAUAAAAUGGCCUAUCUUAAGUCAAUGGAGCUUCAAGGAUUUCCAGAUGUUCACUUUUUUCCUGCCAUACACAAUCAAAUCAUUAUUAAACUUAGAACUUCAUUGAUAGAUUUGUAUCAACUGCUGUUUAAGACUCCUUUUCUAGAUAAAGUUAUUUGAGCUUUAUUACAAAGACUAAAACAGUGUGUACUCUUGAAUUUGUGUAAUGUCCUGUGUCGAAAGUGAUAAAGCAUAUGUUUCACUGAAA